CCAUCGUCAUUUGGGGGGCUCGACAGGGUUUCUUGGCAAAUUGGACCUCGUUGCCUCUUUCUCUCAGCAUCGCUCCGAUGACCCUGGUGCUUUUACCGGUUCUCGACGCCUAACCGCCAAACGGUCACGUCUGUUGCCCGUUUAGGCCGUGCAGGUAAAGAAUCACGAGGACUCUCCUGUCCUCCAUCAGUGUCCACGAUGGGCAUUAAAGGGCUUCAUGGUCUUCUCAAGUCCAUCCAGAAGCCAUGUCAUCUGAAGAAGUUCAGUGGGCAAACCCUGGGGGUUGAUGCCUACGGAUGGCUCCAUCGGGGCACGAUUGCUUGUUCUGUCGACCUGGUUCUCGACAGGCCAACGACAAAGCACAUAGAUUUCGUCCUUAACCGAGUCCGAAUGCUUCUUUACUUCGGGGUCACGCCCUACCUUAUCUUCGAUGGAGAUGAUUUGCCCAGUAAAUCUGGGACUGAAAUCGAUCGUCAUAAAAAACGCCAGGACAGCAAAGCCUUAGGGCUGGAGCUCCAGCGGAAAGGGAGAACUGCUGAAGCUUACCAGGAACUGCAGAAAGCUGUCGACGUGACGCCUCUGAUGGCCCGUCAAUUGAUCGAGGAAUUGAAGAAGAUGAAGGUUCAAUACGUGGUGGCGCCAUAUGAGGCAGACGCACAACUGGUUUAUUUGGAGCGGCAGGGCAUCAUCGAUGGCAUUAUAUCAGAGGACUCGGACUUACUCGUGUUCGGAGCGAAGAGGCUGCUGUCAAAGCUCGAUCAACAUGGUGAUUGCAUUGAGAUCAACCGGGCGGACUUUACGGCUUGUCGGGAAGUGAGUCUGAUAGGGUGGACGGACGCCGACUUUCGGCACAUGUGCAUUCUGAGCGGCUGCGAUUAUUUGCCCAACAUCGCACGCAUGGGGCUCAAGACGGCCUAUCGGAGCAUUCGAAAAUACAAGAGUGUCGAGAGAGCAUUGCGCAUGCUUCAGUUCGAGGGCCAGUUUCAGGUUCCUGCGGACUAUCUUCAGAACUUCAAGCAGGCUGAGCUUACGUUCCUUUACCAGAGGGUGUUUUGUCCGAAAGCUAGAAAGCUGGUGACCCUGACUCCGCCGGAAGGCGAUGUCAAACUCGAAGAACUUACGUUCAUUGGGGGCGAUGUUGAACCAGACACGGCCGUGGGUGUUGCUUAUGGUGAUUUGGACCCAACUACCAAGGAGCCGCUCGUGGUAAAGCCCUUGGCAGUGAAACAUCUCGCCAGCAGCCUGACUCGCCGACAGACGCUCGGUUCUUCAGCAGAGUUGAAGCCAAAGAAGCCAAUCAACUCAUUCUUUAGCCCAAAGCGGCGUCCUUUGGCAGAGUUGGACCCAAAUAGUCUCACGCCGUCGCCAAGCCAGCAAAGAUUGUUAGAGCGUCAUGCGAACAAUUCUUGGGUGGGCACUCCUGUGGCCCCAAGACCAGACAACGUGAGGCCGGCACCCUCUCUAUUGCGGCAGUCCUCUAGUCCAUUGGUGAGGAGUGUGGAACGUAACUCUUUCUUGGCCCAUACCUCACGAGUGUCCAAUUUACAACCCGUCAAACGACAACGGUUGUGUUCCGAGGCGGACGAGGCCACUCCAUCCGGCCGUUCUGAUUGUCGCAGCCGGUUUUUCGCUUCUGGGCAACAGGAUACAAGUCCAAGUGGACUUAAGGCGACCCGAAGCAAAAAGGCCCGCAAAUCGAAUCUAGAUGUCUUUUCUGAUGACAUUGCGGAAGAUAUCAUGACCCAGCUUUCCGAACCAGCACGAGCUUCCAAUGAACCAAAGGGUGAUCCCAACGGUGCCAGUGAUGUGCUCAAGACCGCCAACGAGUCCAAACCUACACAAGCCCCUACAAAGGCCCCUGAACGCCCGCGAACCUCUAAAAAAGAGGGUGGUGACGUUGCGCAAAUGCGGACUAAAUCAACCGCAUCUCAUUCCCCCGACAAGUCCGUGAGCGUGGAAUUGAAUGCAGAGAUGUUUCACCAAGUUCUAGACUAUCACGUUUCGAGACAAAAUUCGUCUUUGCUCUCCAGGUAUAAUUUUCAACCCAGUGCCAGUCCCAACUCAAAUAUCAACAAUGGGAGUAGCUCUCAGGACCUUCGGAGGCCUUCUGCAGGACGAACAGCACCGGGUGGGCUCCGAAAUGGAACCGGUGGCACCACUUCACCCCGACGUCAAUGUCUGACGCCACUACAGCGUUUGGGUCAGACCGCCCUUGCCAGGUCUCAAUCCAUGAAUGCUAUCUCUCCUUCGGUUGCCAAACCAAGUGCUCCUAGCCUUGGGCGAACGUCCAGUGCUAUGGAGAGUGACGUGGCAUCCCGGACCCCUGGCCUUACUCCACAGGGCAGUGAGGAUAUGAUUGUCCCAGACAGCGAAGAAGAAGCCGAGGAAGCAGAGGUCGACGAUCGGCCCAAACCUGCUCCCCUGAACCUUCAGCGAUUUUCCUUCUCAGCUUGAUGAACUACUAUCGACCACGGAGAUUGUAUAAAUGUCAUCGGCACCGUAUUAGAUGCAUUGGCGCAGCUGUAUCAUUUUAUUUUUUCUGUUUUAGGCUAUUGGGCGAUUCAUAAACCAUCUGGCAUGGGCAACCUGGUGUUUUUGAGGUAUAGUUAAUGGCAUCUG